CUUUGCUUUUUCUGACGUAUAACACUGUGGCUCAUAAGUGCACAAGUAGCAUCCAAAAAGAGACGUGAAUAUUUCGAAGUUUGACAAAUCAAGGGGAGAUUUUUUUGGCUGCGAAUUUAAACGCUUUACGAAGAAAAUUGUUUCAAUUGAAGCCAUAGACGCAUAAAAUUGGUUACAGUUUAUCUACGAAAGCCACUAAGAAGUUGUGAAAUUUUAUCACAUUUGACAAACACACAAACAAAGGAAACAUGUCUGGAAUCGCUGUUGCUCGACUCGGUGAAGAACGGAAGGCAUGGAGAAAAGAUCAUCCAUUCGGUUUUGUGGCUCGCCCAACCAGAAAUCCGGACGGCACAUUGAAUUUGAUGGUUUGGGAUUGCGCUAUACCCGGCAAAAAAGGGACUCCAUGGGAAAAUGGUUUGUACAAAUUGCGAAUGAUUUUCAAAGAUGACUAUCCAACCAGUCCACCAAAGUGCAAAUUUGAACCGGCUUUGUUCCAUCCGAACGUGUAUCCAUCGGGCACAGUUUGUCUGUCGUUGCUCGACGAAGAGAAAGAUUGGCGUCCAGCGAUCACAAUUAAACAGAUUUUGCUCGGUAUCCAGGACCUGUUGAACGAACCAAACAUUAAGGAUCCCGCUCAGGCCGAGGCAUACACUAUUUACUGUCAAAAUCGGCUAGAAUACGAAAAACGAGUUCGCGCCCAAGCCCGAGCUAUGGCUGCUACUGAAUAAACUCCCCCAUCUGUUACUAUCAUGAAAACAAACGCCGAUCAAACCGAGAAAAAAAACAAUCUUUUGUGAGCGUGACUGCUGAUGGUUGACAUGCAAAUAUUCAAUUCUUCAUAAAAACAACAACUGGAUUUUCUAAACAUUUAUCUCCCUAUUUCUCUCCAAAAAAAAAUACAAAUUCUACAGUGUUGACAUUAGUUCCGAUUAUGACGCACUUGAUAAAAAAAACAUAAUUAAUAACAAUAAAAAUGCUAAUUUAAAUUGGAAAAUGUCAAACGGCAAUGAAAACACAAAACUGAAUUGAAUAACUUUGUGGAAAGCUAAGAUAAGAAAAAUAAAAUAAUCGAUAAUUUUACGAACCAAACAAAAAAAAGUGAAACGGAAAAUUCAAUCUCGACUUUAUUUUUCAUCUGAAAAUUUCCAGCUCAUUUUUUUUUUACUCCUUCUUCAUUUUCAGAGUUUAUUUUCAGUUUUCAUAGAGAUUAGACAUUCAAACAUUUUUGGUGAUAAAACACAUGAAAUAAAGCACGCCAAUCGCUUCGCUUGGUUCACCCCAAGUUGAUUGACGGAAAAUACACAGAAAAA